UUUACGAUUUCCUCUUGUAAAGCCGAAAUAUUGCUCUGAUAGGAGGAGUAGGUACAAUUUCUCUUUUGAAGAAAAACAUAUUUAUGUGCGACAAUUUCCCCCGCACUAUAUGGUCCGGUGUUCGCGGCAUUCAGUGAGAGUAAUUCGUAUUAAUAAAAGUUACAAUAGUGACCGUAAUCCGUUCUCUAUCUUCAUCACUUCCAAAGUUUGCACAGUGUUUGUACCGUCUCGAUACCACUUUGCCAACAAACUCAGCGGGUCAAUUUUCAACUUAAAUCGUUAACAGAUCCUGUCAUAUGUCGUGCGCUACACAGCCAAUAGAAAACUCGAGAGCAUCUUUAAUUUUUGCGAAGCAGUUGAUGCUGCUUGAGUCUAUAUAACAUUGCCGGCGGAUUGAAUGUCUUAAUCGACAGUAUCUGUUUUAUGUUUGCCGCUUGAUGAAGUUUUCCUGCAUAAAUGAUUAUCUGAGUGAACCAAAAUCUGUGCGCAACAAUGGAUGCUCCCACUACCGGUUCCUUUUCCGAAGGAAUGUUUCGACAAAAGACUCGACUUGCUCCACAAAGACCACCACGCGGUCGACUAUUAAUUACCGAAAUUCGCAUACCAUUCGUGUGGAACGAGCGCCAAUAUUUCAAGACGCGCACACUUGAACAAACACCACUGGCCAACAACGGAAAAAAAUAUGUCGUAUUUUGCAUUUUUUACACGGAGAAUGACAUGCAGAGCACACAGAAAGUGAUGGUGGACUCAAGUAUGGCGGACGUGGUAUUUAACGAAUUCCUGGAAUUUUCAAAUAUCACUCCAAGCACCACUCUUUACAUGGAAGUAUUCAGUUAUGCUUGUUCAAGCGGCGCAAAUAAAAACUAUUCCCCCGUACGAAAACUGUCACGCAAACUGAGCCGAUCGCUGACCCGCGCUUUUGGUCGCCGAUGCCUCACAAAUCCUGCGCUACGACGGAGUCCGCACUCCUCGAGCAUUCAUGCUGAUUUACAUGCCGCCGAGUACAAACAACAACACCAGUUACCAAUCAGCAGUUUACCUAACUUUACCAAGAUUGCUGACUGCCAGCUGCCGAUUGAUGAACUGGUUUCCUGUGAGGAAGGCCGGUCACAUAUUUUGACCAGCAGAAUGCAGCAAAAAGGAAUGGACCGGAAGUCUGCGGCUGCGUUCAACAUUCCGCUGUUUGGUUCCUUCGCCUGCAGGAGCGCUGUGCAACCGUAUUGCGCCACCAAAGAGAUACAGAUUGGCAAAGUCAACAUCCGUGAACUUGACACCGGCUUAAAGCUUAACCGUAAAAGUACGACCAAUGCCCAAUAUUUCUGUACACUCAUCAAUGCAUAUUUGUACUGCUACAAUGCUGACCGAGAUCGGCGCCUGAUGGAAAUGGCCAUUCGGAUUGACAAGGAAACAUCCUUCAAGAAAUUAGACGAUUCCGUGAGUCUCCAGCUAGCCAAUCAAUCUGGAUCAUAUGUUUUAACUCUGGCAACAUCCGAUGAACGGAAUUACGUUCUGCAUUUACUGCAGGGUCACGUACAAGAAAUCGCGCAAUGGAGUGAAGCGGCUCUUGUCGUGCGGGAUCUCAAACUGAAACCGAAUGCGGCCAAAAACGAACUGCGACGUCGAGGUUCACUAUACGAUGAAAUUCCGAUCUCCAUGUCGCAAACAGCAUCAUGUGUGCAGAUGUCACUACACAUCUGAUUUAAUAAAAUGGCUUCUUUUACAGUGCUAAGAAUAAAUCUCCCGAUGCCAGAAUCUAACUGUGAAUUUACUGAAAUGUAUGCAUUUGUAAAUUACAUCAAACUGACGCUCGAUUUGUCCUUUACAUGCCUAUCCGUUAGAACUAUCAAAGAAAAGCUCUGUGUUAUCUCAUAUAUCCAAAUGUAUGGAAAAUGAGUGGACAAAAUAAAGUGCUACCGCA